AACAAUAAAAGCAUUUAUAAUAAAAACAAAAUCUACAACAUAACAGUAAGAAAAAAAAAAAUAUGAGCCUCAAAUUGGAUGUUGUCAAGCAUGAAUAUAAUAAGCAUUUGAAAUGGUAAUACCAUUCAUACCUUAUGGACCAGGCAAGCCUAAAUAUGAAAAAAGAUUCAUAAUAGACCAAGAAGUCAAAGAACAAAUCAUCACUUCACCAAAUGUGCACGUUUGCAUAAUUUGCUUAACUGUGAAGCAAGCUUAUACUAACUACAUAUUAGAAUACACUACAUCAGAUCAGGCUACUGAAUGGACUUUGUAGUGAGAAUCUUUUGUUCAACGGCUGUCUCCCAGGCGAAACAUACAUUCAUAAUUUCACCUUUAUAGAUAAAAUAUCUUUAGGUUAAUACCUGGCGGUUGACAACAUUUUAUUUUGGUCAAUGUGCUAAUUGGAUUAUUAGAGUGAGGUCACAAAACUGUCUGAAACCACAAGUGCAUCCUUGAUUUAGCUGAUGACUUCCAUACGUUUGUUUUGGAUAUGAUGCCUGCUGUUUAAUCUCUAUUUUAUUAAUAAAAUCUAAAAUAUGAACAAUCGACUAAGGUGUGCCAAGUGCUCAUACCUUGCACUAAUCAAUUCAUGGCGAAGACGAAGACAGUCAUGAGAGGCAGUAGAACAAUAAAUCCUCAUGCACCUGAGUAAUAGUAAAUUAGGAAUUACAUCUCUUCACUUUGACAGUCAGUUUAAGGUCAAACGUUCAUCCUGUUUCCCUGCCCCCCUGCUGGUGUGGCUCUUCUGGAUAAAGCUCUCUGUGUCGUAAAGGUCUCUGGUUUCUCUGGGCCUGUGGCAGAUGCUGCAUCCCAAAUACGUCUUGUACACACAAGUUGAAAACAGGCCCUGUAAGAGGGGUGAGAGAUCACAGCCUAUUAUCCUCUCCUCUCUCUGUUUCUGACAGCCCGCAAACAGCAUCCCCGCUCUCUGAUGCUGUCAUAACCUUUAGGAAAAAAGGGGGCUUGUUUUCAUUGCUGUGAAUCACCUACAAGAGGAAUGAAGGAUGCCAAGAUGGCGGUAAAGUCAAUUUGUUUAUUCUGCAGACUCAACUUUAAAUUUAAUCUUACAUCCAGCUGACUGUUUUUCUCAAGCUUGGCGUGUCAAAUUGAUUUUAAUCUUAUAACACUUCAGGAAAUCUCUCCCUUAAGAGAUAUUUUGAUUCACACACUUUAUCAGGGUUAAUGGCAAUGUGGGGCCUCUUCCUUUAUUGCCCGUGGCUUCCUGUGCUCAACAAAAAGUGUGGAUUUACGGCGGUGAAUCCUCUCUUCCUGGGAGCAGUUGAAUCAAACGCAAUGUGCUGAUGAUGAGUCGAGCUCCUCUAACCCCCAAGUGGCUAAAUCCUCUUGUCACACAUGACUGUGAUUAACAGCAUCCAGGCCCGGGCAACCCAGCGGGGAAGCCCAUCAUCCUUUCAUCCACUUUUCUUGGAAGCGACCUCUUUUGGUGAUAAAUGACUGUGUGCAUUCUCAAUGGUGCUUCUGGUUUGACCCUCAAAAGGGACCCCCCUCUUUUUGUCAUUUCUCAUGAAGAGGGCUAAUUACCAUGUUCUGUAGAGGAGCCAUUGAGGUCUUAUUUAAUUUGAAGACAGCAGAGAGGUUGAGAUAGCAGAGGAGGAGGAAAACAAGCCUGCAAAAUGAAUCUUCUUCUCUGGUCUUUUGGCACACUGGAUUUAUGAUCAAAUUUAGGCUCCCAUUGCACUCUCAUUUAGAAUCACAUUAAUUUUGGAGACUCCACUUUCUUCUACCUCCCAACCUGUGUCCACUCCAUUAAGGCAUGUAUUUUGGAAGGAUAAUGAGGGCUGCUGACAGUAGGAUGAGCUUUCUUUCUUGCCACCAGUAGCAGCUUAUUGCAUCACCGCAUAGCUCAGCAUGCCAGCUGCUCUUUAACCACAUCAGCUCUUGUCUUUUUAAGAACUGUGUGCAGGCUCUACGUGUGCACCUACCGUGAAAUGGAGAGGAGAGAUUUUUGGCAAAAUCAUUCAAUUAGUACAGAGGGAACUGGAGGUUCCUGAAAGCCGGGAUCAGGUGUCAUGGUUUGACAACAAUGCCUUCCUGGAAAAGUGGUGCCUCGUCACUGCCAGCUCCUUUUCAGAUAAAGACAGGAGGGGACGGGGAAUGCAGGCCUUACUUGCUCAUUAAACAGCUAAAGACAUUAGCUCUCCAAGUGACCUGAAGACACUAUGUCUGAGUUUGUGCAUUUUUUUUUUUUUUUUUUACAGUUAAACCGUCUGAGCUGGGUCUUGUCAGCUAACAGUGCUCAUAAUGAUAUUGAUAUAAUAAGGAUUCCCUGGUUGUUGUACUAUUGUACAUCUCCAAGACUGUGAGAUACAGGACAUCUUUAGUGGUGUGACUAAGGAGAGACUGGGAACUCUUGCAUCAGCACCGGAGUACUCAGGGGUUAAAUAACUUAACCCCACAGAGGUCAUUCUUUUCAAUUCUCUCUCUCUCUCUCUCUCUCUCUCUCUCUCUCUCUCUCUCUCUCUCUCUCUCUCUCUCAUCGGCCACAGUGACAGCCAUUUCCAGUUUUCCUUCUUUUUCGUAUUUUUUUUCAAAUCACUAUUUGCAUAAUUUAAGGCUGGAGGAGGGUCAGGGGGGGUCAGAAAUGGGACGGUAACAGAAAGGGGCUGAGGAUCGCUCUAAAUGCCUGAAGCAGCUUCAAAGUAGAAUCAACAGUCUAUUUUCACCACCAGCGCUCAUUCACUGAGGUUCCGAAUGUUAUUGAAUUAAUAGCUAUAUGGACAAUGACGUGAUAGACAGGAGCUGUGCCAGGAAAUAUUUUCAGCAGCUUUUCUCAAAUUGAAUGGAGCGCUGUGUGUGACAACUGGCAGAAAAUGUUAUUAACACCCAUAUGUAAUUAUUCAAAACUUAACCUUCACUAAACAUGGCUGAGCCUCAGCACAUCGACCUUCAACAGACUAAGAAUCUUUGGUGUAUCUUUGGUUGAACUGAACAGUAUGUGUUUAAUUCUGAAAGGCACACACCCUACAUGAAGCUCCGGCAGAAUAUACUGAACUUGAGACUUUGUUACUGGAGUUGCAUCAUGAUCCUGUGGACCAAACAAAUCAGGACUCUGCACACAUCUCAGGCUGAAUAAACCGGGUUUGCAUUGACAGGUUCAAAGACAUUUCCCCUCACAUGUAACACAGAAGGCACUUUACACUGGAGCGAGUGGUAUUGAUUAUAUGAUAUUGUAUGAGGUGAUAUAUGUACUUGCAUGGUGGAAUCCACGUAGAAAGGCACAUGAACAUUCCUCCUCAUCAUAGAAGAUAUUAUUUUUAACUGAAUACAGGCAAAUUAUGAAAUUGUAUUGUUAUUAUUAUUAUUUCAUGUAUAUUUAUGUAUUACUUGAUGCUUUGGCAUUAUUGUUCUUAUUAUAUUCAUUCGGAUAAAGUAUAUUGAAUUAUAUUAUAUAUAAAAAGAUAUAGAAAUGUGAACUAGAUGUGUUGUUUAUUGAAGAGUCAACAGUAAGGUUUGUCUUCCUUCAGAUGCGUUCUCCUUUAACUAAUCCGAACACUCGAUGAGUGACCUUGUGGAUUAGGGAGGAGGCUGAGUGGCGGGUGUCUGCAUGUGUGUGUGUGUGUGUUUACUGUCGAGACUGUGUGAGAGAGAGUGUGUGGGUGUGUGUACAUGCAUGCACGCAUUUGGUGGAUCAGUCGAUUGGUUGAUUAUUUGGUUGGCUAGAGAAAGACAGAGGGGAAGGACUAAAGAGGGCAGGAUUUGGGGCGUAAAAAACGUCUUUGUGAGACAGUCACCUGUUUGCACGUUGCACCUGCACAUUACCUCAUAUUCAAAGAGAUAUUUCUGGUGUAUUAAAACUAGUCAAUCCCACAUCACAUGUCUAAAUAAACAUCGGACAUCAUUUCAAACACCAGUUGCUGUAAUGGUAUUUGUACACAGAAUGUUUGGUGUUCUGCAUUUCAAAGGCAAAUAUUGUGACUUACUGAAGCAGGGCAUGAUAGAAUUUCACCAUAGGGGUCCUUCCUUUGCUUUCCCAUGCCAAGACUGUAUUAUUUUCCCAUUGCACUCUAUCUUUGAGUGUGUGUGUGUGUGUGUGUGUGUUUCCUUCCAGCCUCUUUGUUUAUGGAUGGGCCGGAGUUGCAGUGGCUGAAACCGAGUUGAAAAGUAAUCUGAGAUGUUUUACAGUAAUUAGUCGUCUUUGUUGCUGCUGUGGGGACUGCUGCACUGACUCUGAAUGGGGAAGGGGGGGACGGCAAAGGGGGUUGGGGGUGAAUCUGUGAGUGGGUGGGUAGCAGGGUGGGUGUGGGUCCCUUCUUUUGUAGCCUGCACUUCUCUCCCUCGCCAUCGAGAGAGGGAAUGGACUGAGGCAGCUGUCACUUAACAUGUGAAUGUUCCCGAGGGCGGCCCAGGGGUCUUUAGAAAACUCUCCCUUUUUUUUGCACCCCACUCAUCCCAUUUUUCAAGCAGAAGCAGCAUGGAGUUUCUGAGCCCCAGUCAGACCCAGAGGAGGGGCUUUGUUGGAGGAGAAGGGGCAAGAGAGUGAGGGGGAAAAAGCCUGAGGAAGGUAAAGGGGGCACUUUGCCGCCUCGCUGCCUGGUACAGGAGCAACCUGAGCAGCAGCAGCAACAGCAGCGUUGGUUAGAAUGCCACCAUUACAUGGAACUGGCUCAAUCUGACCUCCAUGUGAAAACCGCUCUUGGCUGGGAACUGUGGGAGUUCAACUGAGCCGUUGGAAUACAUUGUCUCCAUCUGGGCGCACUAUCCCAUCGGCGGCGCUAACAAGGAAGGAAUUCCUCUAUCACAGCUCCCACAACAAAGAAGAAAGGGAGAGGAGCAGAGCUGGUGGGAGGAGAAGUGAAGUGAGGGGAGGGGAGGGGAGGGGUGCGCUGUGAGGGGAGAGGAGGACAUUGUUUGCCUGUGACCGUGGGCAACGGGAAAGCAUGAGUUAUCAGGGCAUGUGUGAGUGUGUUUAGAAAGUGUGUUUAUUUGUGGGCAUGUGUGAAUGAGUGGACUUGAUUGAGUGUGCGUUUGGAGGGUGCAUGCAUGCAUGUGUGUGUGUGUGUGUGUGAGGAGCGUUCAUGUUUGGGAUGUUGGAGCUGGGAGGCCGUUCAAAGGAUGCUCAAACAAAGCUGUGUUUUUUUUUUCUCUCUUUUUUUUUUUGAAUGGUGAUUGAGGACUGGCUGGAUUCCUUUACUCAUGCUGUUUGGCUCAACUGUGCUUCAGGGUAAGUGUGGUUCAUGUGAGAUUCAAACCGCCAAAACUGUCAGUAACCCAGGAAUGGCUCAGAGAGAGAGAGAGAGAGAGAGAGAGAGUUUGAUUAUGGACUUUGUGCUAGAGGGAGCCAUGUGCCGGUGAACGAGUUAUGACUUUCUUCACUUAUUCUAAGCAAAUGCAAAAUACAAGUGCGACAGGCAAUGGCAAAGGCAGUAUCAGUUUGAAUGGAUCAUUCUGAUGUAGCUGAAGGAUCUUCCGCAUGCAUGGCCGAGGGGCCUUACCUCACCUAUUACCUCGCUAGCCUCUGGGCUGAAGGAUUAUGGGAAACCUCGUCAGCCGGCCCAGCUGCCUGGGCCAGAAGUCCAAGCAUGUGAGGUCAGACGAGGACUUCCUGAAGGAGUGCUACCAACGACGAAGAGAGCGGCAGCCCCCGGAGCAACAUGGCGAGGCCAAACCAGAAGUGCCGGUCAAAGACAAAGCAGGAGAGGAGGCACACAAGGAAGGAGAGGUGGAGAGGGACAAGGAGGCAGAGGAAAUUGAUCAUAAGAGGGAGGAGGGGGCUCAUACUCCCAUUUCUGACAAACUCCUCCGCAGCUCUCCCGCCUCCACAAUCAGGAGCACCAGUACGCUGGACAACGCCUGGCACAGCAGCCCUUCUCCGAUAAAAACAUCCCGAAAUGGGACACUAACAAGACGGACUGUGCCUCCAGAGUACACCCGUUCCCCUUUGGCUCACCCGGACAGGACCUCUGCUGAGAGGAGGGCCAGCUUCCAGAAGAGAGACUCCAGAGAAGGAAGCCCCUGGUCCUGGAAGACUCUGGCGUCACGUGAGGUCACAGAGGUGACGGAGGUGACGGAGACGGUCGUGACUGAAAUUCUGGAAGUGACAGAGUAUCCGUCUGGAGAUAAAGGAGGGGAACCCAUUGUCACCAGAACUGUUAGAGUCCUGAAUGGUGUCGCCGAGGAACUCGCUGAGCUCCAAAGUGAUGGACACUCAAGCUCAGAUCAGGAUUCCAGCCUAGAUAGAUGGAGGGGAACAAGAUCUGCCUUGGCUCUGAGGGAUGUGUCAACAGAUUCUGAGACAUUUCUCCAAAACCUGGAAGCUUUGCUCACAUGGGUCAGUGAGAUAGAGGAGCUCACAGCCAAUCAGAAACCCCCAUCCUCGGAGGUCAAAGUGGUGAAAGCACAGCUCCAAGAACAAAAGCUCCUGCAGCGCCUCCUAACAGAUCGAAGGCGUAGUAUGAACUCCAUGAUGUCGGAGGGCCCUCGACUUGUGGAGGCCCACCCAGGAGAGGAGGGGGAGCAGGAAAAAGUCAAGCUUACCACUCUCAAACAGAAGUGGGAGGCCUUACAGCUGGGGGCGGAGAAAAGGAGAGCGAGUCUUGAGCUCAUUCUGCCCAGGGCCCAGCUCUUCCAGGAAGGAGUAGACGGCCUGCAGCAAUGGCUCAUGUCAGUGGAACAGACUCUUGCUCAACUACGGAAUGCAGAGCGAGUGAUGCUGCAUCUCUCGGAGGCCACAGACAGGGCCAAGGCUGUUGUCGAAGAGAUUCAAGUCAAAACUGCUGAGCUAGGGAAAAUACAAAAGUCGGGACAUGAUCUGAUGAAAGCAAUUUCAGUUAUUUCAGAGGAGGAAGCCCAGCAGGUGCAGGAGAAGAUGGAUGCUCUGCGUAUCCGCUGCUCUGUGCUGAGUCUAAGCAGUCUGGAUGUGCUGCAGAGGCUGGAGCAGGCCCUGGAGGCCUCCAGUCGCUGUACCUCCAGCCAGGAGGACCUCCACCUGUGGCUGGGCCGCAUCGAGAGGGAGCUGCUGGGGGCGGCAGGAGUGCAGACACAUGCUGGAGAUGCAGUGCUAUGUGCAGCUGAGAGACAGAGGCUGGAACAGGCAGUGGUGAAGGAGAUGGCUUGGUUCAGAGACACAGCGCUGAGUCUUGAAAAGCUGAAAACCAUUCAUCUGAAUCCAGAGCUCAUAGCAGAACAACUCUAUGAACAGAAGAUUUUGGCAGUGGAGAUUCUCCAACACAGGUUCAACAUUGAGAAGAUGGUGAAGAUUGCUGAAAUCUUGCUGACGUACAGUGAUGAAGGAGAAACGUACGAUUUGCAGACCCCACUAGAUGCCUUACAGGAACAAUGCAACACCACCUCAGCCACCAAUUCCCACGUGGUCCUGCAGCUUGAGCACGCUCAGUCGCUUCUCCUCCAGUUCUCUGAGGGCAUCGGGGAGGUAUCGCCCUGGCUUGAAGAAACUCAAACCCUAAUUGGCCAGCUUUCCAUGAGCACAAUCAGCUACGAGGCAUUUCGGGAACAACAGGACCUCUUACAGGGUCUGAGGGAGUCUAUAGCAGAGCACAGACCCCUGAUUGCACGCUUAUGCUCUCUGGCAAAACGCUUGUCAGAACUAAACCCCAUUCAGGGGGAUGAGUUCUGUCGAAAGGCGACGGAGGCCGAGGAGCAGCAUAGAACCAUCAGAGACCGGGUCAGAGAGACUGCUAAUCUACUCGAGGAGUCAUUACCUCGAUUCACACAGCUGAAUGAGAGGAUGACCCUUAUCAGAGAGAGUCUUGACCGCCUGUGCAGUCGCAUACAGACUCACACCUCUCUUCAAGGCAUCACCCCGAGGAUCCAGGAGCAGCUGCAGGACAACAAACACACCCGGGCCGAGCUGUCCAAGCUUGAGCUGGACCUUGGCAGUGUGAAGACACAAGCAGAUGAACUGCUGGCCAACACGCAGGCCGCUGGUGAUGGAUCUGUCGGCACAGCAAUCCAAGAGCGUGUGUCCAGCCUGUCCCAGCUGUGGGACGAGACGCAUACUCAGGCCCAGGAGAGGGAAAGCUGGCUGCUCAAACUCUUGGAUCUUGCCUUGAAGUUCUGGAGCGACAUCAGCGAUGUCACGGCUGCUCUCAGUGACGCUCAGCAGGCAGUUUUGGAUCUCAAUGCUAGUCGGAGAGACUCGGAAACAAUCCGCCAGAGCCUUGAAACCAUGCAGACUCUCAGAGAGGAUAUUGACAGUUUACAGGGAGAUUUGGACACCCUUGGUGUUUUGGGAAUGGAUCUGAUGUCAGCAUGUGGCGAUACAGACAAGCCAGAUGUCACAAAGAACCUGGAUGAACUCUAUUGCACGUGGAACAACCUGAGCAAACUGUGGAACGAAAGUCACAAAAAGCUGGAGGAGUCCUUGCAGAUGGCACUACAUUAUCAAGACACUAUGCAGGGUCUUUUUGAGUGGUUGAAGUCAGCUGAGCUGAGGUCUACUGAAGAGUUUAUGGUAGGAACUGACCUGGAAUCCGUCAAAGAGCAGCUACGUGAUCUCAAGGAGUUUAAGCGAGAACUUUACCAGAAGAAGAUAGAGAUAGAAAGCCUGAACCAUCGCUUUGUGUGCCGGCUGUCUCCAGGCUCGGAGCGUCCAGGCUCCGUCUCACCGCUGUGUGACUUCAGACAGCGCUGGGACAGCUUGGAGUCAGAGACUGUCAGCAGACAACAUCAGCUGGAGUGUGCUCUGCUGGGUCUGGGUCAGUUCCAAAACACUCUUGCUGAGCUACACACAUGGCUCUCCCGAACAGCUGACCAACUCCAGGGCAGCCGGCCAAUCAGCAUUGACCUGCAGGCCUGUGAAAUAGAGCUGGCCAAACACAAGGUGUUGCGUAAUGAUGUCAUGUCCCACGUUCGCACCGUGAAGUCCCUGAACCAGGCAGGCAGGGAGCUGCUGGAGGUCGGGUCCGGGGACAGCCCGCAUGGUCUGCAGUCUCUGCUGGAGCAACUCAAUGACAGCUGGGAGUUUGUCCGCUGUGAGACUGAACGCAGGCAGCUGGAAUUAGAGAACAAACUGAGCCAGGUACAAGAUGUUACAAUGGAGAUUCAGGAUCUCCUGCAGUGGCUGGAGAACACAGAUCUGAGACUGUCCUCCUCUAAAACCGUGUGGGGUAUGCCGGACUCUGCCAGUGAAAGGCUCAGCGCACAUUUGGAGUUGUGCAACGAGAUGGAAUCAAAGCUCCACGCCUACACAGAUGUGAAGAAUGCCAUCUACAGGAUGCUGGAGAGCAGCGACGUUGUGCGGGGAUCAAGCACCGAGCACAGCUUAUCAAUUCUUGAACAGAAAUGGGCAUCCGUCUACAGCAAAGUCCAGGAGCGAAAGGCAAGGCUUACAGAAGGACUGGGUCUGGCCAAGGAGUUCCACAGUAACGUCCAGGAAAUUCUCACUAAAAUGAGCAAGUGUGAAGAGUCUAUUGGGCUUCUUCCUGCUCCCAGCUUUGUUCUGAACAAAGUUUGUUCUCAACUGCAGGAACACAGAACACUGGUAAAUGAGGUGAACGUUUACGGGGAGAAGAAGACCACCAUGGAGAGCACAGCCCGCAGACUAAUAGAACUGAGCAGGAAGGAAGACUGCGAUGUCAUUCAUAACCUAAUCAUGACCGUCCAGGAUCGUCACAAAAAGCUCCAGCAGCGCGCUUCAGAAAGAGGCAGAACGCUGGAGGAGGUCAAAAAGAAUGCGAAACAGUUUAAUGAAUCAUGGCGCCUGCUAGUGGACUGGAUGGCGGAGGUAGAACAGAUACUAGACACGCAUAAAGAGAUCGCUGUGACCCACGACGAGAUUAAACAACAGCUGACCGAACAGAAGGAGUUCCAGAAACUGCUGAGGUCAAAGAGGCCCAUGUACGACGCAACAUCGAAGAAUGGCCGCUGCCUUCAUGAAAGAGCUCAAACCGGCCACGAUCGACAACAUCUGGAGAAUCUCCUGGCUGAACUCAAAGACACAUGGGACACCAUCAGUGGCAAGUCUAUGGAGAGACAACACAAGCUGGAGGAAGCACUGCUGUUCUCAGGCAGAUUCACCGAUGCCCUCCAGGCACUGAACGACUGGCUAUACAGAGCCGAGCCCCAACUAGAUGAGGACGUUCCUGUCGGCGGAGACAAAGACAUGGUCAACAACUUGAUCGACAAACACAAGGCCUUCCAAAAGGAGUUAGGGAAGCGAGCCGGAUGCAUCAGGACCCUGAAGCGCUCCGUGAGGGAUCUGACCAGGAGCAGCACAGCCGACGCUCACUGGCUGCAGGAGCAGAUGGAUGAGCUUGAGGGGCGCUGGGAGGCUGUGUGCAAACUGUCCGUCAGCAAACAAGACAGACUGGAGGCUGCACUUCAGCAGGCUGAAAGGUUCGAUGGCCUCGUCCACUCUUUCAUGGAGCGCCUCACUGAGGCAGAGAGGAUACUGAAAUAUGGGGUGAUACCAGAGGAGGAAGAAGGCCUGCUGGCUUUCAGCAAAAAACAUGAGGAAUCAAUGGGAGCCUUGCAGAAUCAGGCGGUGGAGUUGCAGAACAUCCAGUGUCUGGGUGAGGAGAUCCUGGCCUCCUGUCACCCAGACUCCAUAAUCACCCUAAAGUCUUGGAUCAGUGUCACCAAGACCCGCUUUGAGGAGGUUCAGACCUGGGCUCAGCAGCAGGGCCAGAAGAUCCAGGCCAGCUUGGCAGCACUGGAGUCAGAGAGAGAGGAAGUCCAGAGGCUGCUGGACUGGAUCUCCUCAGCAGAUGAAGCCCUCAACCUCAGAGACCAAGAGCCUCUGUGUGAGACCACGGAGCACAACCAAGAACUGAUUGAGCAGCACACAGUAUUCAUGGAGGAGUUGAAUAAGAAGUUCCCAGAGGUUGAACAUGCCACAAAGUCCUGCAAACACAAGAGCAUUUCGAAACGGCAAUGUUCCCCCAGCAAACGGCCGCUCACAAAGAGGAGGAGCACUCUGAAACUGCAGCCUGCUGUUCCUAUUCCCCUGGAGCACCUCGACCCCCAGACCCCAAAGCUCGGUCAGCUGGUCAGUCAGUGGCAGAAACUUUGGCUCCUGGCUGUGGCGAGACAAAGCCGCCUGGAGCAACACCAGCAAACACUCAAAGAGAUGGAAGAAUUUGCGAACUUCGACUUCAAUCUUUGGCGAAAGCGUUACAUGCUGUGGAUUAGUCAUUUGAAGUCACGGAUCUUAGACGUGUUUCGCAGCAUCGACCGGGACCAGGAUGGACGCAUCAGCCAGAAGGAGUUUGUUGAUUACGUCCUCGCCUCCAAAUUUCCCACCAACUCUCUCGAGAUGAACGCAGUGGCAAACAUCUUCGACAUGAACAGUGACGGCUUCAUCGACUAUUAUGAGUUUGUGAGUGCCCUUCACCCGAGCAGAGAUCCCUACAGGAGACCGCUGGAUCCAGAUCAAAUCAACGAAGAGGUGAGUCGACAGGUAUCGCAGUGUAACUGUCCCAAGAGGUUCCAAGUGGAGCAAAUAAGUGCCAAUAGAUACAGGUUUGGAGAUUCCCAACAGUUGCGGAUGGUUCGUAUCCUGCGUAGCACGUUGAUGGUGAGGGUGGGAGGAGGCUGGACUGCUCUAGAUGAGUUCCUGGUCAAGAAUGACCCCUGCAGAGUGAAAGGCAGGACCAACCUGAAGAUCAAGGAGAAGUACUUGUCUCCUGCAGGAAGCACUUCUAAGGGUUUGACUGUCAGCAGGUCUAACUCAAGCCUCAGCCUCUACAGCAGUGCCUCCGCCCCCACCAGCCCCAUGACACGCAAGGCAUUACUUCGCAGAAGUUUCUCAGGUGACCGCUGCAUCCGUCCCAGGAGCUCCAUCGCUGCGUUGGGGUCUGACCUUCAGUUUGCCACAGCAGGGGAGGACAAUUCUCCCUCACCAUCAGACGAAGCUGAGAGGUUACCCACAUGAUUAUCUCUGCCUCUGAGAACCAUGUGUAUAUGCUGCAGUGUUGAACCAAAACACAGCCUUGGGGCCCCCAAAAAGGAGAGAUGAGCAGAAGUAACGUGAUGAAGGGGCCAACAAAAACAAUGCAUCAGUCACAUGUGAAGAGCAGACACUGACAGAAGAGUGCAGCGAAGGUCACCAGAUGUGAUGGUAAAGGGUUUGAGAAAUAUCUGUGUGACGAUCAUGUGCGGACAAUGAGGAGGUCAGCAGAUGCAAGGACCCUAUUACAUUGCAUACAGUAGUAUCUGAUUAGGAAGAGUAGAGAGGAGGAAUUCGCAAAUUUCUGCAUGGAUCAUUAUUGCAUGAUAGCCAGAGCCUUGCUUUGAAUCCGAUAUAGUUUUUUUUCACCAGCUUGUUAUUCUUUUUAUUUGUAAAGAUAAGCAAAGUAGCUGAAUCUGAGAAUAAUGUCUUGGACGGUAAUGUGGUGCAAGUGAUUUAAAAGUGACUUACACAUUUGUACAUGGUCUGUAAAGGUGUUGCGCUGUCUGACUGCCCCUACUAGCCUCCAAAAAAACCCCACAUAUACCAAAACCAUAAGUAUGUGAACGGUACAGUAUGCUGUCCUUCAACUUUGUGAUGUUAUUGUUUUUUUUAUUUCAUUCCAUGGAGAUGACAUUGUUGGCAGGGCCACACAGUUUUUUUGUCUUUUACCCUUUUUUGACACCGUGUUCUCCAAUAAUUAUGUAUUUGUAUUGUUCUUUAUUGUAAGGAUGUUUUAAACACUGGAGAUUGUUGUAAUGAUCAAUGCACUGAAGUACAACAGGUCGUUGUUGAUUUGUAGAGAUUAUUUUCUCAGGAUUGGUUUCGCCUUUGGAUGUAUGUAUUUCUAUGGAACAUGACUGUGAACGUGUAGAUCUGUUGUUUUCUUUAUAACAGUGUACUUCCUGGGAAUGUUUUGUUUAGCACAUUUUCAUAAAAAUGCACUUUUUUCUGUGUCCUACUACUGUAGAUAGGUUGUUUUACUAAUUGGAAGAUCUGUCAGUUGUCGUGACUAAGUGAAUUCAUUUUUCAUAAGAAUGCAUUGGAGGCGAUAUUUCAGUGAAAUCUACCUUUUUUUCCUUGUUAUCUCUUUCCAGGCUGUUUUACCUAAAGCGGCAUAUUUUUACAUUUCCGUCUCGAUGUUUGUCUUAUCUGACCUCCAGUCCAUUCGUAAAAAUGUGCACAACUGUCUUGAUUUUAUUACUCUACCUUCAAACAUGUAAGACAUCUGUUUCCUCCGAAGUCUCCUCGUGAUCCGGAGGAUACCAGUAUGCAUUGUUUCAGCAAAAGAUACUGAAACCCAUUUUCUCUGAGAGAGAAGCAACUGCAGCUCCACCAUCAGUCUACAGCAGAGGCUGUUCAGUGCUGCAAUGUGCCUGGCGGUCACUCUGAUUCUAUUAUAAAGCAGUUAAUACUUACACAAUAUGUUAUCAGCAGUGGAAAGUUGCUCUAUUUGUAUGUGCACCUUUGUACUCGAUAUACCUGAGGUUGAAGACAGUAACUUAUGUAUUUAAUUGCAUUUGGUCUAUGCAGUUGUCGAAAUGAUUUUUUUUAAAUGAUUUGUUUUACGUGAUGAAAUACUUUUUCCUCUUGGCCUCAGUGUGUUAAUGUUGGAGAAGGUUGAAAUUUGACUGUACUGUAGAAACACAAUAGCCAGAUUUCACUUCUAUUGCUAUGCACCCUAAUCUUUGUGUACUGUAAAUGUUUCUAUACCCAGCACUCAUUCUAAUGUCUAAUUUAGGGAAACUGUCCAUUUAAUAUCACUAAUAAUUUGAUGUCCACUUGUAUAAAAAAAAUCUUUUUGUUAGAAAAAUAAAAAAAUAUUUGCCAUGA